UGUGGCUCAUACAGAAUUUGGACCUCGCGUGGUUAUAUUCACAACCACUGGAUAAUUGGUUUUUCGCAUAUUCGGAAGUUACUUAGUGAUUUUUUAUAUUUAUAAUAAUGCAACUCCGUAGUUUAUUUUUAUUUGUGUUGGUGAUUGGUUUUGAAAAAUCUUACUCACAGAGUGAUUCGAAAUUGGAUCCACGUAUCAUAAAUGGCGUAGAGGCACCUGUAUCGAGAACAAAAUUUCAAGUAUCUAUACGGCUCAAGACACAUGAUCGGAUAUUCGGAAAUGGACAUAUCUGUGGCGGUUCAUUAAUUGGGCCAAACAAAGUUGUAACGGCAGCACAUUGUUUAUAUAACUCAGAUAAAAAGCGUUAUCGGAAGGCAAGCGAAUUUAUGGUUGUAAUGGGCACACAAAAUCGUUUUAAACAAGUCAAUGGUACAAUUGUUUCGGCUGUCAGUUCGAUUGCUUAUACGAACUCCUUUAGUUUGGAUACAAUGCGUGAUGAUGUUGGUGUGAUGUUCUUAAAGACAGGAUUACCAGCAAAUAAAACACAUUUGACUAUAUCACCGAUUGUAUUGAGUAAUUCCUCAAUUGCGGCGGGCAGUCAAUGUCAGGUGUCUGGUUGGGGUAAAACUAAAACGAGUGUGCUAUCAACCGAAUUGCUGAUGGCUAAUGUAAGCAUUAUACAACAAAGCAUUUGUAGGGUCUCAUAUGGAAGUGGUCUUGUUGAAGGCAUGUUAUGCGCCGGUUACUUAACGGGUGGCACCGACUCGUGUCAAGGGGACUCCGGUGGCCCGCUGGUUUGUAACGACGAACUGGUCGGUAUUGUGUCAUGGGGCAAUAGUUGUGCGCAACCCGGUUACCCUGGUAUUUACACGAAUGUUAGCUACUAUCGCAAUUGGAUUGAAAGCCGCAAUUCUUCAGCACCAGUGGGACUUAAAUUUGGUUUCAUAUCAUUAGGUUUUACAUUGGCUAUGGGUUAUUUAUUUUAAUGCUAACAAUAAACGACUUUAUUUAUGUAAAUACAUAAGU